AUGGCAGCAAUAGAUGGCGCAGAGGUAGCGAAGCAUGAUAACAGGAAGUCUUGUUGGAUUGUUCUCGAUUCGAAGGUGUACGAUGUCACGAAGUUUCUCCCUACGCAUCCCGGCGGUGCAGCUAUUAUAUUGAAGAAUGCUGGCACGGACGCUACUGAAGAGUUUAAGAAAUACCAUCCAUUGAACUAUGUACAUGAUUUACCAGAGGGCAGUGUACUCGGAUCAGUAAAUCCAGACACCCUAGGGAACCUACGAGAGAAAAAAGAAGUCAACGCGGCACCUGCACAAUCCGCAGAUGGCGACAAGGAGAUACCACACCUCACCAUGUGCGUAUCAUGUCCGGACUUCGAGAAGGCCGCGAAAGCUGUGCUACCGCAUAAGAGCUAUGUGUAUGCUAGCACAUCAGCAAAUACCGGACUAUCACUCAAGACAAAUCUUGACGACUGGAGCCGCAUCAACUUCCGUCCACGUGUGAUGCGCAAUGUAGGCGAUGUCGACUCUCGGCGUUCCAUAUUCGGACAUACCUCGCAGUAUCCGUUUUACAUUUCUCCCAUGGGUACAUUGGGUGCCAUACAUCCGGAAGCGGAGCCAGAGAUGGUCCGCGGAGCAGUGCGGAAGGGUGCGCAUAUGGUUGUUAGCACAGCGUCGACUAAAACUUCGGACCAGAUUAUGCAGACUUUUCAGGACGAGCAGCAACGUUUGAACAACAAGAGCCCUACUCGGUUGUUCUACCAAUACUAUAUGCCUGUAGACCGCAAAAAGGCCAUCGAGCUCAUGCACAUCGUCAAGAAGGCUGGAUACAAGGGUAUCUGGAUAACAGUCGACACCCCCGUUCUCGGCAAGCGGACUGCAGACCGCGUACUACAGGCCGAGGAAGCGCUCGCCGUAGGCUUAGCAGAAGAAGAAACAGCAUCGUGGGAGACCGGCGGCGAGAACGCAUUUGCGCCUGCAAUGGGCGGACGGCCCGUUAGUGGUCAGCUAAGCCCGCAUACGACGUGGGAAGAUUUAGCAUGGAUACGAAAAGAAUGGGAAGGCCCCAUCGUUUUGAAGGGCAUUCAGACUGCCGAGGAUGCGAAGCUCGCGUAUGAGUACGGUUGCGAUGGAAUCUUGUUGAGCAACCACGGUGGUCGACAGCUGCAUACUGCGCCCAGCGCGCUUAUGACGCUCCUGGAGAUACGAACAUACUGCCCUGAGAUCAUCGGAAAACUGGAGAUCUUCCUCGACGGCGGAUUGCGGGAUGGAAGCGAUGUUCUCAAAGCGCUUUGUCUGGGUGCGACGGCUGUCGGGGUAGGUCGGCCUUUUAUGUACGCGCUUGCGGCGUAUGGGAGCCAAGGUGUGGAGAGGUGUAUUGAUGUGCUUGCCGACGAGCUCACUCUGGGCAUGCGCCUACUGGGUGUCACUUCGCUGGACCAGUUGAAGCCUGAGAUGGUAAAUGCGACACGACUCUUGAACGAGAUGUGGAGACCGGAGAACAACAGCCUUAGCAUCAAGAGUCGAUUGUAG